AUGAGGAAUACGGCGGAGGGGCUACUAGAUGGCCCAGGAGGCCUGGAGAGGUACAAAAUCAACCAGCUCCCAGACACAGCAUAUUAUAUUCCCAAUUUCAUUUCCGAGGACGAGGAGGAGAUGCUAUUAAGCAAAACAUGGCCGUCUGCGCUCAGUAAAUCCAAUGCCCUGCUAGCUUCACCGCUACCAGCCUGGCUGGAUAGUCCUAUUGCUUCUCGAUUUCAAGAUUUAUGCAUCUUUGCCGAGUCUCCUCACAAAUCGCCCAAUCAUGUUCUUAUCAACGAGUACCAACCAGGGCAAGGAAUAAUGCCUCAUGAAGAUGGUUCAGCGUACUAUCCUAUCGUGGCAACAGUGAGUCUUGCGGCACCGAUUAUCUUAGAUAUCUAUGAUAAGAGGCCAAACGAUCUACCUGCUCCAGAACUCCCCCCAGUGGAGAAAGAGGCGGUGAGAAACCAGAUUGCUCCACGGUUUCGAAUCUUGCAGGAAAGGCGAAGUCUGCUGGUUACCACGGGGACGUUAUACUCUGAUUUUUUGCAUGGGAUUGCAGAAAGGACGUCCGACGAAGACCUUGGGCCGGACACGAUAUGUAAUUGGGGUAACUUGGGUGACAGCCAGCUCUUUGGAACGGGGAAAUACGAAAGACAGACACGAAUUAGUCUGACAUAUAGGGAUGUGCUAAAGGUAUCAAAGCUGGGAAAUAGUCUAAGGUUUCUAAUCUACCAUAUAAAGGGUAGCAUGAUCCAUCUGUCCUUAACCUUUUCCCUCCCAAACUUCUCGCUAUACCACUUCUUCGUAGCUGCUGCUGAGGUACCCAGCUGCACUGCAGUGAGAAUCACGGCGGAGAAGAUGGUAUUGUUGAUAAUCGAUCCUGGGGGUGCAGCAAGGAAGCUUAACGAAAGGUAUAUCAUGCAUUCCGCGGUGUAG